UUUGCUAAUUGUCAAGAAUAGUGACUGGUGACGCAAUUUUUGAUCAGCUGAUUGAAAAUAUUCUUCAUUGGCAAAACUGAUAGACUUAGAAGCACAAAUAAAUAUUUGUGAUAUGAAAACAGUCGAAAAAGAAACUUGUUUAUAAUAAAUAAUACGAGCAAACCAUAAAGAAAAAUAUACCCACCUUUACUUAGCAGAUUAAUAGAAGACAAGGCUUUUAAACACGAACUCUUUUAGCUGCUAUCCGCCGAUUGUAAAUACUCUUCAAUGGCAAAGCUGAUGGACUUCCGUUUGUAACAUGAGAACAGUUGAAAAAGAAAAUUAUUUAUAAUAAAUAAAACGAGCAAAUAUAAAGGAAAAAAUAUACCCACCUUUUCUUAAAAUAUUUAAAGAAAACGAGACUUUAAAAUAAUAAGUUUUUUAGCUGCUAUCAACGGAUUGAAAAUAUUCUUCAUUGGCAAAACCGAUGGGACUUAGAAGCACAAAUAACCAUUUGUGAUAUGGAAACAGUUGAAAAAGAAAAUUGUUUAUAGUAAAUAAUGCGAGCAAACCAAAAAAGAAAAAUAUACUUACCUUUUUUUAGCAGAUUUAAAGAAGACAAAAUUUUAAAAUGAUAAGUUUUUUAACUGCUAUCAUAAAACUGAUGAACUUGGAAGCACAAAUAACCAUUUGUGAUAUGAAAACAGUCGAAAAAGAAAAUUGUUAAUAAUAAAUAAUACGAGGAAACCAAAGGAAAAAUAUACCCACCUUUUCCUAGCAGAUUUAAAGAAGACAAGACUUCAAAAUAAUAAGUUUUUUAGCUGCUAUUAGCUGAUUGAAAAUAUUCUUCAUUGACAAAACUGAUGGACGUAGAAAACAGAAAAUUGUUUAUAAUAAAUAAUACGACCAAACCAAAAGGAAAAAUAUACCUACCUAUUCUUAGCAGAUUUAAAGAGGACAUUACUUUUAGAUACGAUUUUUUUUUAGCUGCUAUCAGCUGAUUGACAGUCGAAAAAGAAAAUUGUUUCUGAUAAAUAAUACGAGCAAACGAAAAGGCAACUAUACCCUCCUUUUCUUAGUAGAUUUAAAGAAGACCGGAUUUUUAAAUAAUAACUAUUUUAGCUGGUACCAGCUUAUCGAAAAUACUGUUGAUUGGCAAAACGAUGAAGUUAGGAGCACAGCGAACCUUUUGUGAUUAGAAAAGAAUUGAUAAAGAAAAUUGCUUAUAAUAAAUAAUAGGAGCAAACCAAAAAGAACUAAGAAAACAGAUGAGACUAUUAAAUAAUAACUUUUUUAGUUGCUAUCAGCCCAUUGAAAGUAUCGUUGAUGGCAAAACUGACGGCGUUAAAAGCACAACUAACCAUUUGUGAUGAAGAAACAUUUGAAAAAUGAAACACGCAAGACAGGAAAAAGUAAACCUUUGGAAUCUUCACUUAGGACAUCAUUGAUAUAAAACUUGCAAUUUCUUAUGCUAAAUAUUUGUGGUAACGUCUUUGUUCUCUGUUUAGCUUUGUAAGAGACCUUAACGGCUCUAUGAAGUACCUGAUGCUGCUGGAAUACACGCUUAGCUCUUUGAACGUGGCUAGUGUUUCGAUCCAAGUGACGUCGGUCGAACCCAGCGUGACGUCCCUGGCUUUCCCGAUAAUAUACCUCUGCCUCUUGGUGUUCCAAGUCUUCGUUCUCGGUUGGUAUUCCAACGAGAUAAAGAUGCAGAGUUUGGCUCUGGGUGAUGCGGCGUACAAGAGCCAAUGGUACGAGCAGAAUGAUAAAGUGAAGAAACUGAUCCUGAUGAUGAUAAUGCGCAGCCAACGUCCCCUGGUGCUGGCUAUCGGGCCCUUCGGCGCCAUGACUACUCAGUCGGCUCUCACGGCAAGGCGCCACUUCUCUGUCGUUCGAGAUUUUACGAUGAGUUUUUUAGAUCAUGAAGGCGGCUUACUCGUACGUAACCCUCAUGAAGAAUUCUCACUGAAUAAUGACGUAGUAGCGGGACUAGUAAAUGACAAAUAA